AUGUCAGGGAUUGACGUUUUGGGUUUGAAGGAUCCAAACCCGAACUCUCAAAUCAGAGCAGCCUAUGCGCACCCCUACGCAUCGUCGGCCUCUUCCUCCGCCUCUUCCUCUACCUCCUCGGUCUUCUCGCUGGACGGCGUGCCUGCCCAAAGCUCGGUUUCCUCCGCUGCCACGCUGCCGGUGGACGUGAUCUGGGAGAAUGAAGGGGAAUACGCGGCUGGAGGAAGGGGCCUCCCGGUGGUGGGAGCACGUGGUUGCUUAAGGGGAAACGCUCCCCGAGUUGCCGAGUCGGCCGUUGUCCCGCCCGAGUUGCGUAAGCAUCCCCGGCGGACCAACAGCGCCACUCAGGCGAACGGCGCAUCAUGCACGCGGCCUCCGCCCUGUCUCUUGAGACAGUCGGAGCGGAAGGUGAACUUCGUCGAUAACCUUGUCGAUACCGCGUCGCAGAUCGUCGAGGCCAUUUGGCCACUAUCCGCAGUGUCGCUCCGGAGUGAUUCGGCGACUGGUUGCAAAGGCGUGCUGCCCCUCCGCACUUUCAUCCAAGAGACACUCCGUCGCUCGCGCACUAGCUACAGCACGUUGCAGGUGGCUUUGUACUACUUGAUCAAGAUCAAGUCGCACGUGCCCAGCCACGAUCUGACGCAAGACCAAUCCCGAGGCAAGCCCGCUUGUCGGGCUAUGCAAUGCGGGCGGCGCAUGUUCUUGGCGGCUUUGAUUCUGGCCUCGAAAUACCUUCAGGACCGCAACUACUCCGCUCGUGCCUGGAGCAAGAUCUCCGGCUUGAAUACUGCCGAGAUCAACCAGAAUGAGCUCAUGUUCCUCGAAGCAGUUAACUGGCGACUUCACAUCCCCGAGUCACUGUUUCAAAGGUGGACUGACAUCGUGCUGCGCUUCACCCCAGGCGCAAGCAGCAUGCCGGUCGAUGAUGGCCAGUGCUGGCGCACGAUCAUUCCCAAGCUCACCCCCGACUUGGACGACUUGGACGCCAGCCCUGCGACGCCCUCGAGCAUGGGAGUCUUCGACUCCUGUUCCGUGGCCGAAUCGCCAUCUCCCCGCGGCACCUCGAUCCGGAGGGAGUUGCCCAGGCUUCCCACGAAUGACUCUGUUACUCUGCCUCCAUUGGCUCUGGAAUCGAUGGUCCAACGGGAGAACUCCCUGCCGUCCCUUCCACCCAUGCCACAGCCUCAGAUGCUGCCGACUCCCCAGAUGACCCCCCAGUCGAGCAUCGCCUCCACUCCUGCAGUGAGUGCUGGCGGUAUGGCUGCUCAUCGGCGUUACAUGCAAGCUGCUAUGUCGCAGGUACAAGGUAUGUGCACGGCGCGGUCGGUCUACGACCAGCGCCCGCCGCUAUCGCUUUGUCCCAAGCCUAGCACGUUUGAUGGCUACCCUAGCCUCGUACGCCGGUCUUCCUUGGCUCGCUCGGCCUCUUCCACCUCGUCUCCGGAUUCGAUGGUGUCGGAUGUGUCGACUCUGUCCUCACAGUCCUCGCGGUCGUCUUCCAUGUCGUCGUGCUCCUCGGUCACUGGGGGCUCGAUGCCUCGUUUGGCCGUGCAGGCUACGCUCCGCUGCACUGGCAAUUCUCUGAAGGAGGGCCGAAAGAAUCUGGCCAUCGUGUCUCCCCCGGAUGAAGUUUCGCUUGGUCCGGUCUAUAGUUCCCCGGAGAGCUACACUGGCCCUAUCGGUCAAGUUCCGGAUCUCUCCGGCUACUCUAUGGAGCACCCGAUUGAUCUGACGUCCACGCAUGAGGCGGCUCAAAGCCUGUGUGAACUGUCUGGCGCGACUUCCCGUCAGCACAAACCCACGGGCCAAGGCCGUAAGCGCGGUCGCACUGGAUCGGAGGACAUGCUCCUGCAGAGCCAUGUGCGUCAGUUGGCCAAGGCUAGCGCACAGGCCGAGCGGCCUGUGCUCCAUGAUGGCAGCAUGGCGGAUGUGCUGAUGGGAUCUGGACCUGGCUCUGCGCCGGCACUCACUCUGCAUCAGUUGAAUGCUUUGAACUACCCGGCGCCGCUGUCCGGUCCGGCCGGCAUGAAACGGGCCUGCUGUGGUAGCGAAGCCAGGAAGGUUGCACUUCACCCGGGCAUGCGGGCAGACUAUUUGGGUUGA